GAUGAUAAUAGCACCAAAGUCUCUGAGUUAUUAUUUGUAAAGCACUCUGUAAAAUGCUAGCUUUCAUUGUGUAUUAUUACCAUAAAGGAUACUGGGAUUAAUGAUUCUAGCGAGUAUUUAUGUAGCACUUUAAAGACUGCAAACUUUUACAUAUUGCCACAUUUCAUCUUCUCAAGUUGAAUUUGUUCAGUCAUUUUCAGUCAGUCAUGUCUGACUCUGUGAUCCCUUUUGGAGUUUUCUUGGCAAAGAUACUGGAAUGAUCCACCAUUUUCUUCUCCAGAUCAUUUUACAGAUAGGAAGCAGAAACAAGCAAGGUGAAGUGACUUGCCCCAGGUCACACAGCUAGUAAGUGUCUGAAGCUCAGUUUAACUCAGAGCCUCCACUCGGGAAGGCACUGGAAAUUGAGGAUCAGGAAAGGCUUCCGGCAGACGGUAGUCCUUGAUCCACCUCUGGAAGGAAGGGAGGGAUCCUACGAGGCUUAUGCACAUUUCUAGAAACUGCAAUGAUUGGAAGUGCAAAAGGUCAACAGUUAUUUUAGAAUGCCUAAGUAUGUAGUGGUUAAACAAGAUGUAAGUCUUCUUUAGUAAAUAAAGUUCACAAAACACAAUUUUGAGGCAGAAAUGUACUCAACACAACAGGGAAACUAGCAGAGAUUGGGAGAAGAAUAUUUUCAAGCAAAACUAACUUCCUGAUUCUAAAAGGGCGAUUCAAAGGGGGGAGGAGGGGGGAGAGAGAGAAAAGACCUAGCAUCAUUUGGGGAAUGGAUAACCAAAUUAUGGUUCAUCAAUAUAACAAUAUUAUUAUUGCACAUUAAGAGAUUAUUUCAUAGAUCCCUGAGAAGCCCACUGUGAAAUGAUGCUAUGAAGUGAGCAGAAUCAGGAAACUAGUCUAUACAUAAAGGACAAUAACCUUGUGAAGAAAAACCACUUUGAAGAAUUUAAGAACCAUUAUGAUUUAAUCAUGUCUCCAGAGUCCCUUUGACGAAGCCUGUUAGCCAUUUCCGGACAGAAGUAAAGAUCUCAUGAUGUUUGUUGAAUUGAACUGAUCAUGCCAAAUUCAAGUCGUCUCUAGUUAAGCCCUUAAACCCCUUUCCAGCACUGUGUGCAUACGCAGGGUAGAAAGGCAAAAUGAAUUUUGGCAAUCACGAUUCUGAUAAGCUCCAGUAGGGGGCAGUCACUGGAUGGGCUAGAGCACCCGCCGAGUAAGGAGAGACAUUCUAGCCUUCCUCACUCGUUGCCUCGGGAAGACCCGGAAGUGGAGGCUACAUAUCCCGGGGUUCAACGCUGCUUCCUUCCUUCUGUUGUGACUGCCAUUGGUGCUACUUUCGCGCCGCAGUCAUGGCCAUCCGCUAUCCCAUGGCCGUGGGCCUUAAUAAGGGCCACAAAGUUACCAAGAACGUUUCGAAGCCGCGACACUGCCGCCGCCGUGGGCGCUUGACCAAGCACACCAAGUUUGUGAGAGAUAUGAUCCGUGAGGUAUGUGGAUUUGCUCCUUAUGAGAGACGGGCCAUGGAAUUGUUAAAGGUCUCCAAGGAUAAGCGAGCUCUUAAGUUCAUCAAAAAAAGGGUAGGAACUCACAUCCGGGCCAAGAGGAAGAGAGAGGAGCUCAGCAAUGUCCUAGCUGCCAUGAGGAAGGCUGCUGCCAAGAAGGACUAAACUGGACCCUGCUUCCCUUACCCACCUACCCAAUAAAGAUUUGACAAAUAGA